AUGUCGGUUGUUCCAGCUCGCAGGGAGAUCCCCAACGUGUCGUUCAAGGAGGAAUGGAAGAGAAGAUUAGCAACAGCCAGCCCGCAGCGUACUCAGGCUGCUCUGCGAGCAGCUACAGCAUUGGAGUUGCUAAGGGUUUGUAGAGAGGUCCAGAGCAGGUUUGGUGAGGUUGAAGUGCCAUUGUUGAUUGUUCACGGUGGAGAUGAUGCUGUUUCUGAUCCUGCUUGUGCAGAGGAAUUGUACAAGAAGGCUGCCAGCAAGGAUAAGACAAUUAAAAUUUACCCUGGUAUGUGGCAUCUAUUGGUUGGUGAAUCACAAGAGAAUGUGGAUUUGGUUUUUGACUAUAUUGUAGAGUGGCUCUGUGAACGAGCUGAACGUGCCGCUGCCUGUAAUGAAAGUGGCAAGGCAUCUGUCUCAGUUGCAUGA